AUGUUAGACGUAGAUUUGCAUUCCAUAGUUAGGCAGCAAGAUUGCUCUCUAUUGUUUAAUACCUUAAAUGGGUUACGCCAGCGAUCUGACCACAUUGGUCCCGAUCUAGACCCAAAUGCAGGUGACAUUCUGACCUAUCCCAUUGAUGAUAGAGUUAUAAACGCAAAAGAUUCUCUCAAAAGGACUCCAUUACACAUCGCUGCUUUUAUGGGAAACAACGAAAUAGUCGCCAUCCUAAUUGCGCAUGGAGCCAAUGUAAACAUACAGGCACAGGAUGGAAUGACUCCCCUACAUUUUGCCUCCAGAAAGGGGCAUUUGGAUGUUGUAAAAACGUUGGUAAAGUACGGCGCUAGUGCUAAAGCUAAGACCGCUAAGAAGAAGGAAACGCCAUAUAUUUUGGCAGUAAAGUACAAGCAUGACGAAGUGGCCAUGUAUUUGCAAAAAAAAAAAAAUAAUAAAUUGUAA